ACUAAAGAGAAAGACAGAGUAAAGCACCAACAGGCCCCACUCUCUCUCUCUCUCUCUCUCUCUCUCUCUCACACACACACACACACACAAACACACAGCUUCACCCCGUCAACAAGAAGCCACGGGGGAUCCACAAGGGGACGUUCUUGGACCCUGGGUUUUAGUUUUUAUGAUAUGUAUGUCGAGGCCUCGUUGACGGAGCUUAGCGGGGCACUCAAUAUGGAAGGCGUUGAGGGGAUGAUGCUGAGGUGGUGCGUCUCAGGUGGUCUGCUGUGUGUAGGUGAUGAGAAGAGGUACUACUUGGAAGCUGGUGCUGUGAGGGUGGUGGUGGUGGCUGUAGUUCCAGAGAUAGAUAGAUAUAUAGAUCCCUUGUUGACAGUACCGGGGUGGCCGGGCUCCGAGGGCUCCCUGAGGACGAGAUCCCUUGCCUCGUCUUGGUGAAGGCAGCACUGGCUGAGUACCGAGAACAAUACGAGCAGGCACUGAAAGAUUCACCAAAUUUGAUGGACGGGAAGAGCGAUGUUCCUCAAAAAGCAGAACGAACAGAGGAACAUAAGGAGAUUAUGCCCGGCAAUAUAACGAAUGAAGGUUUAGCUAAAGAGAAGAAAGAACAACUUUCUCCACAGGAAAGCACUAUUGUGACAUCUGUGGAAAAGAAGAAUGUUACAGAGAAGGAUGAUGGACUUCAGAAAGUAGAACGAACAGAGGAAAUAAAGGAGAUUUUGUCCGGCAAUAUAACGAAUGAAGUUUUAGUAAACCAAAAAGAAGAACAACUUUCUCCACAGGAAAGCACCAAGGUGACAUCUGUGGAAAGGAAGAAUGUUACAGAAAAGGAUGAUGGACAUCAGAAAGUAGAACGAACAGAGGAAAUAAAGGAGAUUAUGCCCGGCAAUAUAACGAAUGAAGUUUUAGUAAACCAGAAAGAAGAACAACUUUCUCCACAGGAAAGCACUAUUGUGACAUCUGUGGAAAGGAAGAAUGUUACAGAGAAGGAUGAUGGACAUCAGAAAGUAGAACGAACAGAGGAAAUAAAGGAGAUUAUGCCCGGCAAUAUAACGAAUGAAGUUUUAGUAAAACAGAAAGAAGAACAACUUUCUCCACAGGAAAGCACCAAGGUGACAUCUGUGGAAAGGAAGAAUGUUACAGAAAAGGGUGAUAGAAAAGAUGUCGAGAAAGAAACUGUAAUUCAAAAAGAAGUCGAAAAGAAUGUGUGUGAUAGCGACAUCAAAGAGGUUCGUAACGAAAAACAUCUUAAUGAAACAAUUGAAGACUUGAAACACCAAGUUGAUGAUGUGAAAAACAAGAUUAAGGAAGAAAAAGCAAAGGCUGAAGAAACAAAUCCUACGCGUAGCCUAUGCGUCGUAAAAGAACCAAGUGCUGCCCCUAUCAUUCAAGAUGGUAAAGUCGUUGAAAAGAUAGUCCCUGCUGUGACGCCAGCGAAGGUUGCUGAAAAGAUCCAUCCCACGAUGACGGAAGGAAAAGUCCCCGUUGUGACAAAAGAGAAGGUUGUUGAGCAGGCUGCCCCUUCGGUGACAGAGGAGAUCGUAAGCAUCUCUAAGGAGCAAGAAAAAGUCCCUGUUAUGGCAGAAGAGAAGAAGGUUAUUGAAAAGAUUAUCCCCUCGGUGACAGAAGGAAAAGUCCCGGUAGUCCCUCAACAGGAGGUUGUUGAAAAAGUUGCCCCAUCGCCGACAGAAGAAAAAGUUCCUGUUGUGACUCAAGAAAGAGCUAUUGAGCAGAAUGCCCCACAAGAAAGGGUUAUUGAACAGGCUGCCCCACAAGAAAGGGUUAUUGAACAGGCUGCCCCACAAGAAAGGGUUAUUGAAAAGGCUGCCCCACAAGAAAGGGUUAUUGAACAGGCUGCCCCACAAGAAAGGGUUAUUGAAAAGGCUGCCCCACAAGAAAGGGUUAUUGAAAAGGCUGCCCCACAAGAAAGGGUUAUUGAACAGGCUGCCCCACAAGAAAGGGUUAUUGAACAGGCUGCCCCACAAGAAAGGGUUAUUGAAAAGGCUGCCCCACAAGAAAGGGUUAUUGAACAGGCUGCCCCACAAGAAAGGGUUAUUGAACAGGCUGCCCCUACGGCGACAGAAGAGAUUGUCACUGUUUCUAAAGAGAAAGAAGAAGUCCCUGUUGUAACAACGGUGACGGAAGGAAAAGUCCCCGUUGUGACAAAAGAGAAGGUUGUUGAGCAGGCUGCCCCUUCGGUGACAGAGGAGAUCGUAAGUGUCUCUAAGGAGCAAGAAGUCCCUGUUGUGGCAGAAGAGAAGAAGGUUAUUGAAAAGAUUCACCCUACGAUGACGGAAGGAAAAGUCCCGGUAGUCCCUCAACAGGAGGUUGUUGGAAUAGUUGCCCCUUCACCGACAGAAGAAAAAGUUCAUGUUGUGACACAAGAAAGGGCUAUUGAACAGGCUGCCCCUCCGGCGACAAACGAGGUUGUCACUGUUUCUAAAGAGAAAGAAGAAGUCCCUGUUGUUGUAACAGAGGAAAAGGUUCCCGUUGUGAUAAAUCAGACAGUUGUUGAAAAGAUUAAUUCUACGGUGACAGAAGGAAAAGUCCUGGUAGUCCCUCAACAGGAGGUUGUUGAAAAAGUUGCCCCAUCGCCGACAGAAGAAAAAGUUCCUGUUGUGACACCAGAAAGAGCUAUUGAGCAGAAUGCCCCACAAGAAAGGGUUAUUGAACAGGCUGCCCCUACGGCGACAGAAGAGAUUGCCACUGUUUCUAAAGAGAAAGAAGAAGUCCCUGUUGUUGUAACAGAGGAAAAGGUUCCCGUUGUGACAAAUGAGACAGUUAUUGAAAAGAUUACUCCUUCCGUAACAGAAGAAAAAGAUGUCAAUCAACGAAAGGUUGUUUCUUACGAAGAUGCUACAGAAAAUCAGGAAAAUCAAGUUACUGGAGAUGAGGAAACGGACAAAACUGAAUUGAAGUUUAUCGUCACCAUACAAGAGAGAAUAGUCCGUGAACAGACAGUCUCGAUCAUACCCGUGAUGGACAAGGGCGCCAACAAAAGACCGAACAGAAAGUUGGUGAAAAAAGAAAUGAGAAGAGUAGCGAAGAAGGUGGGCCGCGCUGUGCUUGAAGAACUAUCCAAGGAACACAGCACAGCGGGGGAGGGCCAGUAGCAGAAGCUGUAACCAGUGUGAGGGGAUAGGCUGCCACUUUCCACCAAACCGACAGUCACCACCACCAAAAUGUCCCCUCACCACCCAGCUGCUUGCGAUGCGAUCCCAAAACUAAAUUCCCUAAGAAAGUGUUCCUUAUUUACUUGU